AUGGAUUUAUUUGUGAAUUAUGCAACUAUGCUACGCCAUGCAUUAAGUACAAUAGAGACAAAGCAUCUUGUGNGGAAGAAUAACACAGAGGUGAAAGAAUUCAUCCUGCUGGGACUAACCACUGCCCCGGAACUGCGGGGUCCUCUCUUUCUAAUGUUCGCCCUCAUCUACCUGAUCACGCUGCUUGGGAACCUGGGGAUGAUCGUGCUGGUCCUGCUGGACUCCCGUCUGCACACCCCCAUGUACUUCCUCCUUAGUAACCUGUCUCUGAUGGACUUUGGUUACUCCUCAACAGUCACUCCCAAGGUCAUGGCCGGAUUACUUAUAGGAGACAAGGUCAUCUCCUACAAUGCAUGUGCUGCCCAGAUGUUCUUUUUUGUAUUCUUUGCAACUGUGGAAAAUUACCUCUUAGCUUCAAUGGCCUAUGACCGUUACACAGCAGUGUGCAAACCCCUCCAUUAUACCACGACCAUGACGACAGGUGUGUGUGCUCGUCUGGCCAUAGGCCUAUGUCUUUNUUAUGUCUUUGGUUUCCUAACUGCUGCUUUUGACAUUGGAAACACAUUCAGUCUCUCUUUCUGUAUGUCCAAUGUGGUCCAUCACUUUUUCUGUGAUAGUCCAGCAGUCAUGACCCUGGCUUGCUCAGAUAAAGACAUUAAUGAGCUGAUUCUUGUGCUUAUUUCAAGCUUUAAUAUCUUUUUCGCAAUUCUUUUAAUCUUGAUUUCCUACAUGUUCAUAUUUAUCACCGUUUUGAAGAUACAAUCAGGUGAGGGAUACCAGAAGGCUUUAUCUACCUGUGCUUUUCACCUUGUUGCAGUUUCCAUAUUUUAUGGGACAGUCAUUGUCAUGUACUUACAGCCAAGUUCUAGUCAUUCCAUGGACACAGACAAAAUUGUAUCUGUGUUCUAUCUAUGGUNUACAAUGGUCAUCCCCAUGCUGAACCCUAUGGUCUACAGCUUGAGGAACAAAGAAGUAAAAAAUGCCAUCAAAAAGUUUUUUGAGAAGGCAAAAUAUUCUCUAGUCUUCCAGUGA